CGUAGAAGGAAGAACUCGGGUUACUGUCCACCAAUGUUCAUGUACCAAAGCUGUGUUUCAAAGGCCAACAUCUGUAUCAUACGGAACACGGCACCUCAAAGCUCCACCUCGGUAGUGAACAACUUCAGCAAAGAGACUCUACUGAAGGCAUUUGAAGUGCUAACAGCUCACCACAACUCGAAGAAGAAGAAGAAGAAGAAGAAGAAGAAGAAGGAGAAGAAGAAGAAGCAGAAGGCCACAUCUGCUUCCAAUAAAACUCCUUCCAACGUUGGGAAGAAGAAGAGAGGAAGACCACGACCAAGAAUGUCAGACAAAGAGAGCAAUUAUAAGGCUGAAACGCUUCUGGAAGGAGCUGAGCCCGGAACUAAAACACACCAAGCCAACCCACAACCAACCUAACCUGUCCUUCGUAUAGAAUCC